AUGUCUUCCACUAGCAAAACCACACAGAUGGCAAUCCCCAUUGUCGACUUCGAAGCAUGGUCCAAUACGGAAGACAAGGCCGCCCGCCGACGGGUCGCACAAGAACUUGUGCAAGCCUGUCAGCGUGUAGGUUUCGUUUACAUCAUCAAUCACUCUCUGUCCGAAAAUAUCCUUGACCAGGCAUUCGACUGGGUGAGACGCUUCUUCAGGCUCUCGGAGGACACUAAAAUGCAGGCACCUCAUCCUGAUGGCUGGGCAGUGCAUAGGGGGUAUUCCUGGCCGGGCUUGGAGAAAGUCUCCCAGACCAUCAGCACAGGGGACAAUGAGGACACCCGGAAGAGGCUGAGAGAGAUACCUGAUGCCAAGGAAAUCUACGAUAUCGGCAGCGAAGAAAAUCGUGCCCAGCCUAAUCAGUGGAUACCCGGAGAAGCGUUAAUGGGCUUCCGCAGCUUCAUGAAUCAAUUCUACUGGGAGUGUAACAAAGUCGGCGUCGAAAUUCUCCGCGCUCUUGCCCUUGGCUUGAACCUGGAUGAUGAAGAUCACUUGGCCAAGAAGCAUUCUGGCCACAACAACCAGCUGCGGCUUCUACACUAUCUGCCAGUUCCAGCGGAUGAUCUUGAGAAAGAACGGGUGGCUCGAUGCCCUGCACACACCGAUUGGAGCUCGAUCACGAUGCUUUUCCAGGAUGAUUGCGGCGGGCUGGAGGUGGAAGACGUCUCCCGGCCAAGUCACUUUGUUCCUGCUGCACCUGUCAAGAAUUCGAUCGUCAUGAACGUCGGAGACCUCCUGCAACGGUGGAGUAAUGACCGGCUUCGGUCUACCAACCACCGCGUCGGACUUCCAGACCUAUAUGACCGUUUUGAGGGUAGCAAUCGUCUGACGCGCGAGCGCUUUUCCAUUCCAUACUUCAUGGCUCCAGACCCUGACUCGGUCAUUGAGUGUAUUCCGUCGUGCAUGGGCGAUGAGGAAGCGGCCAAGUAUGAGCCGAUCACCCAGGCGAAUUACAACCAAAUGCGAGCCUCAAUUAUGUACUAG